CGCGUACAUAAUGGUUUACUAUGACACCAUAACAUUAUUGCACAUAAAGGUAGAUGUCAAACUCUGAGCCUUUGCAAUUGACUCUGCCUAUAGAUCAGUCUACUAAGGUAGGGCGCUUGAUCCCAAAACGGUGUUCUGUCACCCGUUGCCCACCUCGUGAACGCAGCAUUUAUAUGUGGUCCUGUAUUUUGGGCAUUUCCCAUGGUUCCCCAUGCGACCGAACGAUACAAGGUCUCUUGAGGCGGGCGACCAUCCUUUUGACUCCCGCUGAACUUAGGUUCCGAUCUCCGGCCCCAUAUCAGUGUCGUUCCUUCUUAACAAACGGGCAGGUGUGGUCUUCGAUGUUGCUGUGCUUUCGGGUUUCAAUUGUGUUUGAUUUGGUGUGGAGAAGAUGCUUGGUCCCAGACGAAGUCGACUACAGAACGAGUCAGCGCGUGAAGGAAACACAGGUGCGCAGAAGUCUGCAGAAUUCUGGAACCUAUCUUAGUUCAAUCUUCCGCUGUGAAUUUACACGAGCUCUGUCGAUGAAAAACGGUCCAACGGAGGACUCGCCAACUGGAUCAUUUUGGGAAAGAGGUGCUGAAAGGGGACCCGGGGAUCUUCAGUCUGUCCACAUCAUCCCAUGUCUUUUGCAUUUCGGCUUCCGAGUGCCGUUGCCCCACCUCGAGCCGCCUCACCAACCCCGGAUCUUCUCGUGCCUUGGUAUCUUCCUGCAGUUGUUUGGUUAUUUCCUUUUGGCCGUGCCGGAGCUUCUGGAAUUGCGUAUAGGGGGCUUUACCGGCAGUUGUCUCGUUCAAUUUCCUUCCUGCAUCAACCAGCUGUUUCUGCACCAAAUGCGCUUCUUCUCCUUCGAAGCCUGUGACAAUCUCUUACGCGGAUUUCGAGGAUUCGUUGAAUUGUUUCGUGACGAGCCCCACAGCCAAUCAGCGGCUUCCGAUGUUUGUUCCUAGAUGCGACACUCCGCUCUCUACGAGAUUCACAUCUCUCGCCUUAUCCCACAAGGUGGACAUCAAUCACACGCGCUCCGCAGCCCUGUCUCCACGCAACCUGGCAAACAUAUCGGGGUUCUUGCACAUCGAUCUCUACAUCCGUUUAUAUGUUAUGCCAUGAGUGUAGAUAAUGACGUGGCUCACUUCUCUAGCUGUUCCACGGUCGUACGCACGUGGUCCGAUCGAUAAGUGACAUCGCAUCCCGUAGGACCCAUCAAUCUGUGUUAGUCUAGUUUGACGACGAAGAAGAUUCACGAAGAGGACCUACGCGAUAACAAAGGGCUUGAUGUGUGACACGAUAUCCCUGUGGGUAGGGCAGAGCUUGCAGGGUUCAAACCUCCGAGUAUAUGAUACGUGCAGUGCACUUGGUCAUGAUGGCUUGA